CCGACGGGGGCCUCGGUCAGUGUCAUCGGCGGCGGCGGCACGCCCGGACCAGCAGCUCUCCGCCGGGACCGCGACGCGAAGGCUUCGGCGCGAGUGGCACCAAACAUCGCCCAGCUCAGCUUCCCCAUCAAGUGACACCCCAGUGCAACACGUGGAUACGAGUGCACCAUGCCGUGACGAGGUCAGCGGGGUCACAGCAGCUCUGCGACAGUAUCUCCGCCCCGCCGGAAGCGCGUGGGCCGGCGCCAAGGAGAUCGCCCGGAGCCGAUAGAACGCCUGCCCGGUGCCAAGACGUCGACCGGACCGCACCUGCCCGAUGAGCCCGCGGUGUGCGCCCGGCCAUGGCGGCGGCCUCGAGGGACGCGCGCGCCCCGGGGAGACUUGCGCGGCGGGACGCACGGGAACCCACCUGAGGCUCUAAGAGCGCGGAGCAGUGCCACGACGGCCCGGCCCGCGCCGGCCGCGCCGCCCGCGCCGCCGUUACCCAACAUCCUCCCCAUUGUGGCUCACAAGUCGCGGCCGCACACCGCCGCCGCCGCCAUGCCGCCCCCGGCCGCCCCCCGGCCCCGCGCCGUGGAGCCGGGGGCGGCAGCGGGGGCGGCGGGGGCGGUGGUGUUGGUGACCGCGCUGCUCCUGGUGGUGUCUGCCAGCCCUGCCAGCGCGCACACACAUGGAAACUCCCCCCGGAACAACUACUGGACCAAGGACCAGGUCCGAGCGCUGCCGGGUGAGCCACCGCCGGGCCCUGGAGGAGGCCCUGGAGGAGGCCCUGGAGGAGGCCCUGGAGGAGGCCCUGGAGGCCCUGGAGGGAUGCCUGGAGGCCCCGCAGAACCCUCCGUGCCAUACACCUCCACCUACCGCGACCUGGUGGCGUCGCUGAACGGCACCGAGCACGGCCGCCAGCUCAUCCCCCUGCUGCACGGCGACGUGCUCGGCCCCGCGGCCGCGGCCGACCCCCAGGACGUCGCCGACGGCUACCUCCUCGGCUACAGCCACAACCCCUGGGGGCCGUCCUCCAACUUCAAGGACGUCCUCAUGGACCACCUCAACGCGUCCACCACCACGACUGCUGUUGAAAAACCGGGGCGCAGUCGCAGCCGUCGCUCCGUGCUCCACCUGUACAACAUGCUCGUGUGCGCCACCGGCUGCGACCCCAUGGCCUUCAAGGGCUACGGCUGCUACUGCGGGUUCCUCGGCUCCGGCUACACCGUGGAUGGCAUCGACAGGUGCUGCAAGAUGCACGACUGGUGCUACGACACAGCCAGCUGUCCCAUGUUCCUCGAGUACUUUGUGCCGUACUUGUGGAAGUGCUACAGAGGACGACCGCUCUGCGCGGUGAACGGGUCCGCCUGCUCGCAGCGGCUGUGCGAGUGCGACCGGCGGCUGGCCGAGUGCCUGCGGAACUACCCGUGCCCGCGGCGGAAGGCCGUGUGCACCUCGUCGCCCUGGCGCCUGCUGCAGAACCUCUUCAUGCUGUGAUAGUGACGACGCGCCACAGUGGCGUCACCUAAUUGUUAUUGUUGUUGUCUAGUUGUUGUGUUUAAUAAUGGAUCGGAGCGUUUGUUUUUAAAUGUUCGCCGCUUUUCCGUACAAUCUUGAUGACGCGCUGAUGAGCGAAACGGUCCAGUCAACCAUUUCCGGUGAAGCCCGUCGGAAGUUUGAUCGGAUCGUAUGUGUCCGCUGUACGGAAUGACUGUGCCACUCGUGACUGGGAGUGAAGUCAAGUGUCCCAACCACGUGAAAUGAAACGGACUUGUCAAGGAGAGAAGCCGGGCUGCCGACGCGUUGCUCUAAUGACUCUAGUUACCUUUUAUUCUAGUGCAAUUUGUGUUACCGAUGUUACCGAUAGAUUACUUUGUUAAAUUUGCUGUCAAUAUUGAUUAUUUUUAAGCCCCUCAUUACUGCAUUGAGUUGUUUUUUCACGAAGAAAACAUUGUACCAGUUGAAUCUAUUGGAAGAACAUGAGAGGAAAUAUUGUUAAUACCCUCAGGUUUUAUUUUAUUAAAUCAUUUUAAUGUUGUGUUAUCCCACCAUAAGGAUAAACUACCACUAACACAAACAAGUACAAAAGGAGAAAAUAAAUAAAAUGCGUUAAAGGA